AUUGAAACCUACUGAAGGUCGUGGUCUAGUUUGAGGUAGUUCGAUGCUCAGAUGGAUUCUAUGAAGGGUUAUCUUUAUAAGUGGACAAACUACUUGAAAGGAUAUCAGAAGCGUUGGUUUGUCCUGCAAAAUGGUUUGGUAUCAUACUACAGGUAUAAAGUGGCAUUUUAAUUUUUCACAAUUACUAGAAAUCAAGCAGAAAUGGCUCACACAUGUCGUGGCACUAUCAACCUUGCUAAUGCCAUUGUGAAAAGCACAGGGUCUACUACGUUUGUCAUUUCCAAUAGUAGUACACAAACUUUUCAUCUGAAGGCGAAUUCUGAAAGUGAGCAGAAGAAAUGGGUAUCCGCCCUUAGUUCUGCUAAAGCAAAAGCAGUAGCUUUAAGAAAACAAGGUGAAGAUUCCGAUAUUUAUCCUGAUGGUUAUGAAGAUGAUGACGAUUAUAAAACGUCGACUAGUGAUGAAGACGGCGUUCGACUGAUUAAUGAUGCACUUAUCAAACUCGAGGCUCAUGUAUCUGAUCUUGAACGUCAUCAAAAUACUGUAAAUCGAAAGGGUGAAGAAUUACAACGUUCCAUCAGUGAUGUAGAAUCUGCUCGUGAUCCUACUGAAUUAUUACAACGCUUCAAUUUGGCUCGUGAACGUGCUACAGUUUUCAAAGUUGCUAGUUUGGCAAUGGUUAAUUCAUGUUCUGAAUUUACUCAUUUCACUCGUGGUCAAAUUGGACGAUGGCAACGCAUAUUUAAUAAUCAAGGUGAACGUUGUGCUUUACUUGAACAAAUGAUUGAACAACUUGCUAAACAAUUACGUCAGUUGGAAUGUUUAACAAAACAGAAUAAUCCACAGUCGACAGUAACACUUGGUUCUACAAGUGGAUCCUUCAACUCAACUCUGAAUAACAAGACUAUUUCUCGACCUCCUGGUCAGGCAGUACGUGUACAACACAUCUCUCCGCAUGGUGAAACAUCUCGCGCUGAAGAAAACACCGUCAUUACACCUAAAAUUGCUCAAGACACCAAAACACAUAAUGUUAAUCAAAAAGGCUCAGAUGUUAGUCCCACUAAGUCUUCGAAAUCUACUCAUGAUAGUAAAACUUCUACAGAAUCAUCAUCAUCACCACAUUAUUCAGCUCAGUCUAAAGAACUUUCACAUCAACAUGUCUCUCCAAAUCGUCCUAUCGAUUAUAGUUCUGAUGAGGACUUCUUCGAUGCUGAAGAGGCUAAUUCUGAAUUUUCAAUAACAUUUCCAGAUCUUUCAAUAAAUGCUUCAAAAAAUAAUGAAAAUAAAGAUUCUCGCAAAGGUGGUAGAAAUUACUCUGGUACUAAAUCGAAUGAACAUCAAACAAGUCUGGGCGGUUCUCAAGAUGAUGAUUCUCUAGUACCUACAGGUUCUGAAAUGGCUGAUGAAUCAGAAUCUGAUGUGAGUUUCACCGAUGAUGAAGGCGAUGACUAUAGUGAUCGAAAUUCACCAGCAAAUCAAUUCGGAAAACUACGUGAGGCACGUGUUAUCCAACCACGUGGAAGAAGGUGUGACAGUCGAACAGGUACUUUAGUUUCAACCGGUGACGGUCAAAUGUCACAAGAUAUUAAUGCUUCACCAAAUGAUAAGACGAAUAAUCCUGCCAACUCGCAAACUGGUGAACUGCUUACUGUGAUUGCAAAACGCUCACCGAUUAUCAGAAGACUUUCUAUCCCCCCAAAACCGAAUAUAAGCUUGAAUUUAUGGAGUAUCAUGAAGAAUUGUAUCGGUAAAGAGUUGACUAAAAUUCCUAUGCCUGUUAAUUUCAGUGAACCAUUGUCAAUGCUUCAACGUUUAACAGAAGACUUUGAAUAUUCUUCAUGUUUGGAUCGUGCUGCUGCCUGUCAAGAUUCACUGGAACAAAUGGCUUAUGUGGCUGCAUUCACUGUCUCUGCUUAUGCUACAACUGCAGUGCGUACAAAUAAACCAUUCAAUCCUUUAUUGGGUGAAACAUAUGAAUGUGACAGAACCGAUGAUCUCGGUUGGCGGUCGUUAGCUGAACAGGUCAGUCAUCAUCCACCGGCUUGUGCUUUACACUGUGAAAGUAAUGCCUGGUAUUGUUGGUUCGAAUUCUCUAUGACAACAAAAUUCCGUGGUAAAUAUCUACAGAUUAAUCCAGUCGGUACAUGUCAUCUAGUGUUUCGUCGAACAGGACAUCAUUACACAUGGCAAAAAAUUCCUAUGACAGUGCAUAAUAUCAUUGUUGGCCGAUUAUGGAUUGAUAACAGCGGUGAAAUGGAUAUAAUCAAUCAUAAUACAGGUGAAAAAUGUCAUCUAUCCUAUAAGCCGUAUUCAUAUUUCUCGAGUGAAAAACCUCGUCGGGUAACUGGUGCUGUACUGGACAAAUCUGGUGCUGUUCGAUAUGUGCUAAACGGUACUUGGGAUGAUUCACUUGAAUAUGCACCUGUAUUGACUGCUAGACAAACACGUAAUGGAAAACCAGUACUAGAAACUGGUCCUGCAUUACUUUUAUGGCAAAGCAAUCCCUUGCCACCGGAUGCAGAACGUAUGUAUUACUUCACACGUUUGGCUUUGCAGUUGAAUGAACCGGAGGAAGGUGUAUGCCCUACAGAUUGCCGUUUACGACCUGAUCAGCGUCUUAUGGAAGCUGGUCGUUGGGAUGAAGCCAACAGAUCGAAGGUACAACUUGAAGAGAUACAACGGCAGAGGAGACGUCAAAUGGCUGCUAAAUUAGCUGAACAGUCACUCGCUUCUAGUGGAAAUGAAGCUGAAGGAAAAUCUAUAGAUUCAGAGAGUUAUCAAUCAGCCCCAACUGCCAGUAGUUUUCUUGAUAUUGUUGACAGUCAGCAUAAACCGCUAUGGUUUACAAAAGAAAUUGAUCCAGCGACAAACAAAGAAACUUACAUUUUCAAUGGAAAAUAUUGGGAGCAUAAAUUAACCAACGAUUGGUCAAUGUGUCCUAACAUAUAUUCAUGAUAUAAGUGGGUAGGUGAAGCGUCGGCGGGGGGGGGGGGGGAGAGAAAUAAGGCUACUGCGAUUACUACUCAUUAUUAUUGUUAUUAUUAUUAUUAUUAUGCUAUCGUUACGAAUUAUUAUUAUCUUAUCUUUUCGUCUUUUCCUUGCCAAUCAAUCAAUCUGUGAAUGAUGAUGAUAAGACGACAGUUAACCGUGAUAAUAGACAUUAAUCAUUUCUACUAAAUGCACAUUCUCAUCUGUCUAAUGAUAAUGUACACCUUAUUUUUUAUUACAACUGUUAAUAACCAAGCCACUAACUAACUGACUAACUAACUACUGUUUUCUUUAAAUUGGGAUCGGCGCUCACGCAAGCAGACACAACCAGACAAACAGACAAAUUCAUAAUUCAUAUGUAUAGAGAGAAAAUGUGUGUGUAAUCUUGCUCGUAUGAUUCUAUGUAGUUCAAUUAAACUGUUACAUCAUUUUAAUACAUACACUAAUUUAUUUAUUUAAUUAAUUAAUUAAACUACUAUCUCUCUCUCGCACGCGCGCGCGCACGCUCUCUUGGAUCUUACCUACACCCCUGGAUCGUGAACUUCUACUAUUGAUGUAUUUAUUCUUGUCUCACUAAUGAUAAUGACAAUUAUGUGAAGUGAAUAUUUUGUUAUUGCUAAUGUUAACCCCAACCCCUAAUCACACUGGAUUGUCUUCUAAUUCAUAUAUGUGUAUGUAUGGAGUGUAUAUUCACAGUAGGAAUUGUGACCAAGUUUGGUGGAUUCUACAUAUUUUUCGGUGGAGGUUGUGGCGGCAGCGGUGGUAGCACCAGCAGCAUUAUCUAUCACACACUCCCUUCUAGAGAGAGAGAGAGAGGGAAUACCACUCAAAUAUUAUUAACCUUGUUUCAUAAUUGAUUACUAUUAAAUAAAUAAAAAGAAAAGAAAACAUUUAUUUACAUCGUGAUGCAUGGAAAUCAGGUAAAAACUACAAACAAUUGUGUGUGUGAAUGCAGCUAUAACUACGGAUGAAUCAAUCCAUAAUGUUGACGUAAUUACACACUACGCCUCAAUUUUUCCUUGUUGCUUCUCUCUCUCUCUCUCUUAGCUCCACACAAAUUACCUCCCUCCCCCUCCGUCUAGUUGUUAUAGAGUUAACCCUUUAGAGAUAUUUACUCAUUCUCCUUUUUUCUCUCUUCUUUUCUUUUUGUGAAUAAAAGAAAAAAUAUGUCACAUUGUAUAUUUGAUUAAGCGCAUACACAUUUUUACUUUCAGUUCAUUAUUAUUACUACUAUUAUUAUUAUGAUAUAAGUAAAGUGUUUUUGCGCAUCUGCAUGAAAGCAAAAGUGUUUGUAAAACAUGCUCAUUCUUUUUUUUGUGGUAGGUGUUUUUUUCUAAGAAAAGAAAAUAUUUCAUUAGUUCUUGUGUUGAAUAUAUAUAUAAAUAUAUAUUCUUGUAUCAUCUUUGUUCUGAGGCCUUUUCUUCGUUCGUUUACAU